ACCUUUGUUGUAAAAAACAUUUUCAAGAUUUUCUUUUUUUUUUUGGUUUUUCAAGAAUUAAAAUCCAAACAAACCCACCUCAGAUUUUCAUCCAUAUGAUGUUCUUGAUAUCAUCCCACAAAAACUUUGUCUAAUUAAGUCUACCCAGGGUUCUUGAAGUUUGGAAUUAUGUUCAACAUCUGGGAUUGAACUGCAUUUGGUUAAAGAACAUUUACCUCUUUUUUUGGGGACAAUUUAUUCAAAACAUCGGAGAAUCUCGAUUUUGUGACGAAUAUCCAUGUUGGGGACCAAGUUCAUCCGGCAUCAUGUCAAAGAAGAGAACAUAGAUAUUCCUUCAAUUCCACCCGGGUUCGAGCCAUUCGCAGCCUUUUCUCUAAAAAGGGUCGACGACAGCAAAGUCGGGUCUAAUUCGGUUUCCGCUAGUGCGUCUGAACCGCAACCGGUCAAGCAGGAACCAAGUGUCGAGCCCGGUGAUAUUGAAAAGAUUAAGCGGUUGGUUAGGCCCAGACCCGGUGUAAAUCAUGGCCGAUUUGAUAGCAGUUCAGGCGACGAGUCUGAAUCUGAACAGGAACAAACUUCAAGCGCUCCGAUGGCUAAGGGGGUUAUUCGUGGAUGUGAAGAGUGUCAUAACUGCCAAAAGGUUAUAGCAAGAUGGCGUCCUGAAGAAGCUCGAUUGCCCGAUCUUCUUGAGGCGCCUGUAUUUUACCCGACCGAAGAGGAGUUUGAAGAUACUCUAAAGUACAUUUCAAGCAUUCGCGAUAAAGCUGAAGCGUAUGGCAUUUGUCGUAUAGUACCACCUCCAUCAUGGAAACCGGCUUGUGCACUUAAGGAAAAGAAUUUAUGGGAAAAUUCAACGUUUGCGACUCGUGUCCAAAGGGUUGACAAACUUCAAAAGCGGGGUUCGUUGAGCCAAAUGUUGAGAUCAAAUAGCCCGAAGAAAGGGAAAAAGAGAAGAUGCAUGAAAUUAGGGUUGGAUCAAAAGACCCAUGGGUCGGAUGCCGGAGCUCCUGUUAAUACGGUGGUGGUUCCUGAACCUGAUUUCGGUUUUGAACCUGGUCCACGGUUCACUCUUAAGGAGUUUCAAAAGUACGCAGAUGAUUUCAAGAAUAAGUAUUUUCGAAGAAAUGAAACAACUACGGAUCAGUGGGAACCCUCUUUAGAAAAUAUAGAGGGUGAAUAUUGGCGUAUGAUAGAGAGACCCACCGAAGAAAUCGAGGUGCUUUACGGUGCUGACUUGGAAACCGGUACAUUUGGCAGCGGGUUUCCAAAAGAGGCACGUCAAGUUCCGGGGUCAGAUGGAAAGUACGUUAGAUCCGGUUGGAACUUAAAUAACUUACCGAGGCUUCCAGGGUCACUCCUCUCUUACGAGAGCAGUGAUAUAUCUGGUGUUCUAGUCCCGUGGUUGUACAUCGGAAUGUGUUUUUCAUCGUUCUGUUGGCACGUUGAAGAUCAUCAUCUAUAUUCAAUGAACUACAUGCAUUUCGGUGCUUCGAAGAUGUGGUACGGUGUACCUGGAAAAGACGCCAUAAAAUUGGAGGCUGCGAUGAGAAAGCAUUUACCCGAUCUUUUUGCCGAACAACCCGACUUGCUUCACAAACUUGUGACACAACUUUCACCAUCCAUACUAAAAUCCGAAGGGGUUCCGGUUUUCCGGUGCGUACAGAAUCCAGGGGAGUUCAUUGUGACGUUUCCUCGAGCGUAUCAUUCGGGGUUCAAUUGUGGGUUCAACUGUGCGGAAGCUGUGAACGUUGCGCCCGUUGACUGGUUACCGCAUGGUCAUAAUGCCAUUGAGCUAUAUCGUGAGCAGGCCCGAAAAACGUCGAUUUCUCAUGAUAAGUUGUUGCUUGGAGCUGCAAGAGACGCUGUAAAAGCUCAUUGGGAACUUAAUUUGCUCAGAAAACACACUCCCGAUAACUUACGAUGGAAGGACGUUUGUGGGAAAGAUGGUAUCCUAACGCAAACACUUAAGUCGCGUGUGGAAAUCGAGCGUGUGAGGAGGGAUUUCCUUUGCAACACAACACAGGCAUUGAGAAUGGAGGCAAAUUUCGACGCCACAAGUGAGAGAGAAUGCAGCGUUUGUUACUUCGAUUUGCACCUAUCAGCGGCAGGCUGCCAUCAUUGUUCACCCGACAAAUACUCAUGCUUAAAUCACGCAAAACAGUUUUGUUCUUGCGCUUGGGGUUCAAAGUUUUUCCUUCUUCGACACGACAUCAAAGAUUUAGCUAUGUUGGUUGAAGCGUUGGAGGGAAAACUGAGUGCGAUUUACCGAUGGGCGAAACUUGAUCUUGGACUUUCGCUAUCUUCCUAUGUAUCGAAAGAUAGUAAACAACCGUGUACGGUUUCUGAAUCACCGACCAAAGAACAAAAGGGACAGGAAACGGCCCAAGAUUUAUUGAAAUCAAAGGAAUCGAUAAUCGCACAUGAAUCUUCACAUAAAGAUGUUAUUAUGCUUAGUGACGAUGAGGGUGACGGCUCGUUAAAACCACUUAAUCAAGCCAACAAAAGUGAAGAUCAAGUGAAAAAAGAUGCCCCCGAGUCAAAAGAUACGGGUCCUUCUAACAAACUACACGAUCUCUCGAUUACAAAAGGGUCUAAUAACGUAAGUGAGGAAAAUGCAGGGGGGGUGUUGCAGCAAAUACCGAAAACCGAUGAAAAAGUUAUAAUUAUUGGAUUAUAUGCAAAUUCCAAAUCGGGAAACAACACACAAACCAACGCGGACAAACCCACUAGACAAAAGGGUCCUCGGAUCGCUAAAGUGGUCAGAAGGAUAAAUUGCAAUGUUGAGCUGCUGGAGUUUGGUGUGGUCCAAUCGGGAAAGUUAUGGUGUGACACUCGUGCUAUUUACCCUAAAGGUUUUAAGAGCCGGGUCAAGUAUAUAAACAUGUUAGAUCCUACAGAAACGUGCUACUACGUUUCGGAAAUUGUUGACGCGGGAAAGGAUAGACCUCUAUUUAUGGUUUCGUUGGAGAAGGAUCCGAGUGAAGUUUUUGUUCAUAUGUCAGCAGUAAGAUGUUGGGAAAUGGUUAGAGAGAGAGUGAAUCAAGAGAUCUCAAAGCAACAUAAGUUAAAGAAACCAAAUCUUCCUCCUUUGCAGCCUCCCCGGAGUCUCGACGGCAUGGAAAUGUUCGGUUUUUCAUCACCUGCCAUCUUGCAGGGUAUCCAGUCGAUAGACAAGAAUCGGAUAUGCACAAAUUACUGGGAACCGCGGCCUUUUCAUAGCCCGUUAAAGAUUCAGGAGCCAAACACUCCCAACGCCACCCAAAACAAAGAAUUGACUGCAGUAACUGAUACCGUCAUUUCAGGCCUGUUUAAAAAGGCGAAUUUAGAGGAGUUAAACGCGUUUUUGAGUGUUUUGAGUAAGGAGGGUUCAAGCGAUCAACAAGCAGUGACAAAACUUCUCAAUGACGAGAUUCUUAAACGACCCAGAUGACAGUUGAUAAAAAGUUCUAAUUUUUCAAUCUGUAAAUCCUUUGAUCUCAUUUUAGUUACUGGGACUACCAUAGUUUCGAGUUUUUUUGAUCCAUUUGAUGAUUCUGUUCUUAGCUGUAGGUGUUUUGGUAGGGGUUUAAAGAAGAUAGAAACCGGAAAUUGUUCGUUUUGUUAGAUUAACAUUCAUUUUAAUAUGUUAUAAAAGAAACCAAGAUUCAAUUUUUUUUUAGAUUUC